CCAGGGGACAAUAUUGGGGCGAUGGUUCACCACACGGGGCGGUCGUGAUGUCGAGGGUUACUUGGGCAUUCCAUACGCAGCUCCACCCCUGGGCCCACUCCGGUUCAGGCCACCACAGCCUCCUCUACCAUGGGAAGGUCAGCUGGAUGCUACAGAAGACGGCCAAGAAUGUCUGCAAGCCAUGGUCCCCGUUGGAGCUGAAGACUGUCUUUAUCUCAAUGUUUACACACCACAUGCUACACCCAAACCGAAAUACACAGUAAUGGUGUUUAUCUAUGGUGGUGGCUUUGAGAUUGGUUCUGCCUACAGUUACACAUACGGACCAGACUAUUUCUUAGAUGAAGACAUAGUUCUCGUCACUCUAAACUACAGAGUGGGAGUUUUAGGUUUCCUGUCCCUGGAUGACCCAGCAUUGCCAGGAAACCUUGGGCUCAAGGACCAAAGAUUAGCUCUGCGCUGGAUUCACAGGAACAUCAUAUACUUCGGAGGAGAUCCUCGAAGGAUAACCAUAUUUGGCCAGAGUGCGGGAGCAGCCAGUGUCCACUAUCAUAUGAAGUUUACAUCACACGAAGGUUUGUUCAGAUCAGCAAUAUUACAGAGUGGUUCAUCGUUUGACUGUUGGGCCUUCCAACCUCCUGGAUCUCAACAGAUUUACAUCGAUUUUAUCGCUGCAAGAACUGCUUGUAACCAAACAAACUCCCAUGAGUUUGUUGACUGUUUACGAACAGUACCAGCUGAAAGAUUUUCAAUAAUACUUGGACAGCUUUUGGUUAAUUCAGACCCCUUGAUGAGGAAGGUCACCCUGCUGACUCCAGUGAUUGAGCCUCCCGGAUCAGAAGAUCCUUUCAUUACAGUUGACCCCUACACUGUCCCCACAGCUGUCCCCAUGAUAGCUGGAGUCACAGACAUGGAGGCCUUAGACAUCAACCUGCCUCCUUAUUUGUAUCAGGAUCCUACAGACACUUUGUUUGCUGGGUUAGAUUCAAACUACACUCUAUUUUUGCCUGUCAAUCUGCAAUACAACGACACAGCAGAGGACCCCGUUUUUGUCUCCAAAAAGUUAAAAGAAUUCUACCUUGGGGAUGAACACUUUGCUAGGAAGAAUUACUUGGACAUUGUAAAGUUGUACUCUGAUGGCUCCUUCAUCAAUGGUGUUUACAGGGCUGCGAGAUCAAAUAGGCAGAAGACGUACUUUUAUUUAUUCAGUUACCUAGGGUUGAAUUCCAUCACUUACUCAACAGGAAGCACUGGUAGAUUUGGAGCUGCACAUGCAGACGACCUCUAUUUCUUCUUCAAAGUAAAUGCACCUGCAGAUGAGGUACCUGCCGAUGUGGAAUUAUCCAAGAAGUUGGUCAAAAUGUGGACAAACUUUGCUCAACACUUUGACCCCAACGGUAACCACUUGGAUGUCCACUGGGCUCCAGUUUCCACACCGCACAUUGAGUAUCUUAGUAUCGGACAGACCAAUAUUACCAUGGAGGAAAAACCAUUCCUCCCCUCUAGAAUGGAGUUUUGGGAUGAACUACCUUUUAGAAAUAAACCGAUCGAGUUUAAGUGGCCAUCAACUCCAUCCCACAGCUUGUCAAUAUCCAGAAUCACAGAGAAAUACUUGGGUAACAGGCAAGGCCAGCAAACAUCUCACCUCUACGCUUCUGAUUCAGAGUAGUGACAAUAUUAAUUUUUCCUAAUAGAAAAAUCGAAUCAAUUUUGAGAUUUUGAACAGCUUAGGGAGAAAUGGUUCUUAAUUGCAGAUACAUUUAUGUCCUAGGAUAACCUAGGAUAUUGUGUUGGUAAAUGAUUCUAGCUACUGUAAGACUAUAUAACAGUAUUUGAUUUCUGUUUUCAACAUCAUGUUUAGAAAAAUAAAUCUGUUUUAAUAAAUUCA